AUGCAUAUUCGCUGUUCUGCCCUUUCAUCCUUUCUCCUUGCCCACCUCUGCUUCCUCGCUUUUCAGCAAGUUUCAGCGACGCCGUCAGCUUUGGAUAAUGUAUCUUCACAUCUAAUCUCUGCAAGGGACGGAGGGCAUCAUAACCACCAUGCCGCCCCACUUCUUCAACUCAACGAAACGGAGGUCCUCAUGCAUCAUGCCCCGACACCUCCUUCAUAUUACACCAUUGAUUGGGAGGGUGAUGGCUCCGAGAAACGCCAUCCUGGAUUGCUGGUCUCUCAUGCCGUUCUUAUGUCUUUGGCCUUUUUUCUGCUGCUUCCAGUUGCCAUUAUCGUGCGGUCGGUCAAGCAAGCAGGUCAUGGAGCCGUCAUGUUAGCAUUCUAUGCAUUAUGUGCUUUGGGUUGUUCAGCAAGUGCAUUAUACACCAAGUUGACACCGAAUAUGUAUCAAGGCGCCGCUCAUGGACGUCACGGAUAUAUUGUUCUUCUCUUCGCCGUGCUGGUAUCAGCCCUUGACAUUUUAGCUGCAAUCGGACGCAUGGUGACAUAUUUUAGAAGUCAAGAAAAGAAAAGUCUGGGGUCGUUCUGGGAAACAGUGAUCUUGAACAAAGAAGUUGAACACGCUCAUCAAGAAUCUGAGUAUCUGGGACUUAUUGUCGAAGAGCCAGAAGAAUUUGAAGGAAAACUUACAAGAAAUUCGGCUGACCUCCAAACUUUUGAACUUUCUGAUGUCUCUCAGACCGCGCAGUGGGCGAACGAUGUACAUCGCCACCACAGACAUUCCUCUACGACGUCUGAGAGAACUGUUUUUGGAUUGCACUCUACGGUCCAUUCUGAUGACACACUGCACGACUCCACUCGCAAGCGACUAUCAAAAAGAAGCUUCUUGCGCCGAGUGGGAACUAGUGCCUUCGCUGUUGCAGAAAGAGUUCUUGUGUUUGCAGGAUUUACUCAACUUCUUUCAGGUAUCGUUGUUUACACAGGUGGAUGCAGGGAAAAUUAUUUGAAUGGGUGCAUGGCACAUUUGAUCAAGGGUGGGAUAUUUUGGUCGUAUGGUUUAGUGACAUUUGCCAGGUUCCUGGGAUUGUUCGCCGAACUAGGUUGGGCAUGGAACAGAGCACCGUCUCCAGAUUGCUAUUCCGCUGAAUUCGUCGAAUCGUUUGUCAUCUUCUUAUACGGUGCAACAAAUAUGUGGAUGGAGCGUUUUGGUGCGCAUGCCGGUGAUCCAUUUACUACAAAGCAGAUCCAGCAUAUCAGCAUUGCGGUCAUGUUUUGCUUCGCAGGCAUUGUUGGUAUGGGGAUCGAAUCAAAGAGGAUUCGCAAGUGGCUGGCGUCUUCGACCUUCGCUUCAUUGUCAAAGCAUGCUAAAGUGCCCAAUGAUGCUGUCACUGAGCCGCCCAGCUACCUUGGGAGCUUUAAUCCCUUCCCGGCCCUUGUGAUCGGCGUGACGGGUGCGGCAAUGGCAGCUCAUGCACAGACCUAUCUUUUCCAGGUCCAAAUCCACGCACUGUGGGGAAAUCUACUCGUUGCUUUCGCGGUGUUGAGGUGUUUCACCUACUUUUUCUUAUGGCUCGGCCCUCCGCAGUCCAUUUUGCCCAGUCGCCCUCCUACUGAGGCCCUCGGGAGCUUCUUUUUGGCAUGCGGAGGUCUCGUAUUCAUGUUUUCGACUGAGGAAGUGACGUUCGCCGCUAUGCGUCGAGGCCGAGAUGAUGUCAUGAUGUUCUUGAACCUUUCAGUUGCAAUUACGUGCUUCGCUUGCUGCUGGACGCUUUUUGUUGUGGGUUUCAAGGGUUGGCUCAAAUCUCGAACCCAUGGUGUCAUCACAUAUCGUAGUCCUGCGUGA